UCGUCGCUCCUGACUGUCAGCCACCAGAACGACGCCGAGAAGAGCUGAAACUGGGAGCAAGGUCGGGGGUGGGGGAGAGGAGAUCUCAGGUGAAAUAGUACUUCGCGCUGGGAAUUUUGUUGCCAGCAGAAUCACGCUCACGUUUGUUAUUUUUUCUUUCCAACUUUGAUUCUUGCCAUACAAGCAAGCUUUGACUAAUGUGUCAAAGUUUGGCAAGAUUUGGUGCGCAAUGAUCACAGACAGUUCGAAAGAAUAGUACACGAUUUUUUUUAGUAUUGUAUUUUUAUUAUUUAUUUUUUUUUUGCAAGGAGAAUCACACAUGAAAGUGCAUGGCACGGCUGCGGUGGGACCUUUCAGUCCGAAAGUGAUCCGAUGGCUUUGAGUGGAGGUCAAGUCUUGCAUUUCUUCAGAGCACUGAACUAAGUGUCGGGACGUCCGGAUAAGCAGGAGGGACACCGAAACGGAUCGACGGUUUUCCACCACCCGCAAAACAGAUAAAGAUGAGCGGGGGAGAUGUGGUUUGCUCGGGCUGGCUGAGAAAGUCUCCGCCUGAGAAGAAGUUAAGACGUUACGCAUGGAAGAAAAGGUGGUUUGUGCUCCGAAGCGGCCGCCUCACUGGGGACCCUGACGUGCUGGUUUACUACAAAAAUGACCACUCCAAAAAGCCCAUCCGCGUCAUCAACUUAAACCUGUGUGAGCAAGUGGAUGCCGGGCUGACGUUCGACAAGAAAGACCUGGAGAACAGCUUCAUCUUUGACAUCAAGACCAUAGAGCGGGUCUUCUACCUGGUGGCUGACACCGAGGAGGACAUGAACAAGUGGGUCCGCAGCAUCUGCGAAAUUUGCGGGUUCAACCCCACCGAUGACGACUCACGGAAGCCACCGGCACACUCCGGCGGCGCUGUGGUGGACGUGCCCCCGCACCCGGCACAUGCUACCAUCGCCCCCCCGGUCAUUGCCAGUGUGCCGCCCCCCUACCAGCCCGUCAGCGUCUGCCACCUGGAGCCUUCGUCCAGCCCGGAGGAGCCGCAGGAAUAUGUAUUGCUGGUAAACUGCGAGAGCAAGAAGCCGGGCGCCAGUUCCCUGGGACACGGGGACCAGGAGUACAUGCUCCUUGAGCAGUGUGAGAGCAGGAGCGCAAGCCUGCCUGUAAUCGAGCUGUCUAAAUCCAUGUCCACGGAGACGGACUGCAACGAUAACAUCCCUUCUCACAGGACCACGAAGCCCUCAAACUCCAAGCAUGGCUCUGUGAAUGGCUUCUUCCCGCAGUCAGCCGCCAUCUAUGACUCUCCGCCCCCCCGCGCGGCAUCCAUGUCCGUAGACACAGGCCUGUAUUUGUUGCCGCGCAGUUACUCUCAAGACACUGUACUGUUGCCCAAGUCGUCGGCCUCCUCUUCUCCACCCAUGCCGGGGGCGGAGUCAGUAGGCGAGCUGCGCGCCUGUGGCGUGCCCCCCCGCCGGGGACCUGUGGAGGCUCGUCUCAGACAGGUAUCCCUCAGCUAUGAUAUCCCCCCCACGCCCGGGAGCAGCAGCACUUACCAGGUACCCAGGACGGUCGGGCCAGAGGUGGCUGUAUCCGGACCCUCAGACGUGCCCCCGCCCCGCCCACCAAAACCCUCCCCAGUCGCUCCACCUGAGCGUUCCCCAACAGAAACGUACGCCAUCCCACGCCCAGUCUCGGAGACGGACAGCAACUACUGCGUCCCCACUGGGGGUCGGACUCACCACAGCAACACCAUCAGCGUAAUGGAUGCCUCUCGCCUCCGGAAAGAUUUCGGAUCCCAAGAUUGCUACGACAUCCCAAGAAUUCUGUCGGAUAGAAGCAGUUCAUUUGACUUCAAUGAAAGCUUAAAUGGCAGCUUUAAGAGCAAUCGCAUGAUUGCGGCCAGCAGUGCUUCGACGGAGGAGGUGGAUGAGAACUAUGUGCCCAUGAGUGCCAACUCGCCCUCCCACCAUCAGAUGGGGAGCAUGGCCGAGCUCAUUCACGAAACAAACUACGUGCCCAUGACGCCAAGCACGGCCGAGUUCUCCUCCUUGGGCAAGCAGGUUCCCCCACCAGCACACAUGGGCUUCCGCACCAGCCCCAAGACCCCGCCAUGCCGGCCCAUGCUAAUCAGUGACUGCCAGCCCCCACCAGUUCACCGCAACCUUAAACCGGACCGGAAAGGUCAGAGCCCAAAAGUAAGGGUGAAGCCGAUUGGUUUAGAGCGAAGUGAUUCACAAACCGUAGGUGAACUCCCAGGACGCCGCAAAACUAGACCAGCACCCCUUGAAAUAAAGACCCUGCCUGAAUGGGAGGAGCUGCCAGCCCCUGUCCACUCCCCCGUGACCAGGUCAUUUGUUCCGGAUCCCUCCAGGUUUCCUAUGCCUUCGAGACCUCCAUCGGUGCACAGCACCGCCUCCAGUGACGAGUCCGACGAGUGUGAGGAGAAUUAUGUAGCCAUGUACAACUCUAGUAUCCCUUCAGAUGAUACAAGCAUGAAGCUCAGCCCUCAGAUAAGCACUGACGGAGGUAGCAGCCCAAUGACGAAGACCAAAGCAGACAAGCAGGUGGAAUAUCUCGACUUGGACCUGGACCCCGGCAAAUCGACUCCUCCGCGAAAGAAAAAGAGCAAUGGGACAGGCAGCAGUGUUUCGGAUGAACGUGUGGACUAUGUGGUGGUGGACCAGCAGCGGACACAAGCCUUGAAGAACACAAGAGAGGCCUGGAAUGAUGAGAGGCAGUCCACGGAGACUGACACUCCCACCAAGGGCUCUAAGUGAAGGCUUCUUAUCUGGGAGACAGAGCUCCUCACCUUCCUCCACCUCACCCUUGUAUCCACGCGUUACCCAUGACCCCCCCCUGUGGGACAGAGGCCCCACCCUACCUGACGUCAAGUGCCUCAUUCUGUUUACGCUGCCAACUGUUCAGAUGCACUGCCCUUUUGAACUGUGGUGCCAGGAGUCCCUGGUGAAAUUAAGAAAUUAGUGCCAUUCUCUUAUGUGGGAAAUGUAUACUUGUUGUUUGGACGUUACUACAGAGGACAUCUUUGUAAAUCCUGUCAUUACUUUCUGCUCGACACUUUCCUGUUAAGUAAAAGUUCACCUAAAGCACACAUUUCAUCACAUUGUAGGCCAAGGUUUUUGUUUUUUUUUUUUUUUGUUUUUUUUUUGCAAUAGUAAUUUUUGAGUUACUUUCAUGAUGCAUUGACACACUUUUUCCACCUUGAUCCGAGUGAUUUUCUGUAGAUUCGGGCUUUUAAAUUCCCGUUUUCAGUUUUCUGUAGGUUCUCGUUGCGCACAGGCAUGUGUUUUGGCUUAUUAAACACGGUGAAUCUGCAGACCAUCAUCCGUCAUCUUCCCCGGCGCUCAGCACAAAGUGCACAUCUGUGCUGCACAAAAUGCAGGUAGUCAUGUUGAAAAAUGUCAUGUAUAUGAAUGUCCUUUAUGUUCGAAUAUCUAGCUAUGUGAAAGCUACAGUGUGUGUGUUCUGCAGGAUAGAACGCUACACUUUCUCAGAUGGUCAAAUUAAACCAUCGGGAAAAGGGUGGAAUCUAUAACUGUGACAGUUUUUAACGGGAAGAUUUUAGACUUCCUGUUAAUUAUGCAAGGUAUCAAACUAAAGUAUAAUAGAACAAAUCAGGUACUCAUUGAAAUACUAACUUUUGCAAUCAGUUGUAAUUUAUUUUGUUUUCUUUUUUUACCAUUCAUUUUAACAUCAGAGGCAACGCAUUUCACUCAUUGCUCUUAAAUUCCCGCAAGAUCGACAGGAAAUUUAGACACACUUGUCAUGGACACGUGUUGCUUUUUCUGCAAAGUAAUGCAUUUCUAAAACAUACCAGUUUUAUUGAUUGUUUGUUUUCAGUUUUAACUGGCUUACCAAUUCAUUGCAUAUUUUCUGAAGAGUAUAAUUUAUUUUUUAAUUGAUAUCCAGUUUUCUUGGGACUGACUGCCUUAUCAACAACUUUAUAAGUCUUGUAAAUAGGACAAACCAUUUUAUGUAAACUUUUAGUACUUGAGAAUCUUGUUUGUGUAUGAACUAGUUUUAGUAACUUUUUCACCCUUGAACUCACCAUUGAUGAGAUCUUUGCUGUAUAUAAUAGCUGCAUUGUUCUUGCAUGUACCAUUCGUUGAAGUGCUAUUCCUGUUUUUCUUCCAGAAUUUUUUUUUUUUUUUGCAAGACAAACUCCAAAUCCUUGAUGCUUAAUCUUUUUUUAAUGAAUCAAAAGAGAAAUGUACAUUUUAAACUAAAUAAAGACCAUUAUAUAUCAUGAA